AUGUGGUUUGGGGAAAAGAGGGUGGGAAACGGAAGACAGUUGAUCACAGGUGCUCUGCAGGUGGGCAGGGAGGGUGAGACUUGGAAGCAACAACCCCCCACUAUAGCUGUCAACCGUCCCUUAUUUGGUGGGAAAGUCCCUUAUCCCAACGCCGUGUCCCACUGCUGUUCCUUAUUGAUGAUGUCCCUUAAAUUUCCCAGGUUUCAAAGGAAGCAGCUCCUCUCCCUCCCUCCCUGCCGGCCAGGGAGGAGGGAGGCUCCAACUGUGUUGCUUGGCUGCGUUGCUCACCCUAUAAGGAGUCUAAGAACGACUGGCGGGUGGAGCUUGCAUGCCUUGUGCCAAUCAAAUCGGCCGCGUUGCCUGGGGACUCGCCAUUGCUCAGCGCUUCCCAGCGGAGAGGUGACGGUGGUUUUCCUUGCUGCAUCCCCUUUGCCGGGUUGCUGCGCUGUGAGAACCACCACUUGAGGCUUUGCUUGGCUGCUGGCCGGGUGUGCUGGUCCAGGGGGGAGUUUACCGUGGGGCGAGGUGCAGGACCUGAGUCGAGGGUCAGCAGACAGUCCUCCACGGGCGAAGCGGCGUCCACAGCGAGGAGCCGGGCAAGGACAGGAACUCUGGGGGAACAGGACUGGAUGCUGGCCGAAACAGCUCUUCAAUGACGUUGCUCCCGCAACCUGGGACCGGGCUGACUGGCCUUUAUCUUCUCUGAGGCCAGGGGCGGUCCCGGUCCCCCAGGUGACCCGCCUCUCCUGGCCUUAAAGCGGGCACUCCUCCUGGGAGAAACCAGUUCCCUCCGCUUCCCUGCCCAGAGCCUCUGCAGCUCAGGAGAGGCCAGUGGGUUACUGGACCCAGGGGGAGACUCACUUUCCCCUGACAGGGCUGAGAGAGGCGCACCUGUAGGCAAUGCGUCCUCAAUCGCCUCCAGAGCCAGAGUGGAUUCACCUGGUGCCUGCUCCUGAGGAUCCGGCACAGGUGCAGGCGCUUCAGAAUCAAGGCCCUGCCCCAGUUCAGCUGGCCCUGGAGGUGGGGACUCCUGUGCAGCCUGGGAUUCCUCUGGUUCAGCCUCUGAAUCGGAUUCCCAGGCCAUCACACCGGGCUUUCUGCCUUUGGCUUGGAGGGGCUCAGAAGUUGAACAUACCUGUGCCCCUUGGAAAAUCCCUUAUUUUGGCUGCUGAUCCCUUAUUUUCGAGGCUGCUGGUCCCUUAUUUUCAAAUCUGUAAGUUGACAGCUAUGCCCGCCCACUCCAAUAAUGGUGAGGGGGAGCAAUAACUGGGAAAUCACGGGAACAUUCAUCACACCAAGAGGCAUCCAUUGCCAACCAGCCUUGGAGGAAGAGAGAAGUCAGUGCACUGGGACUUACGUAUUUAUUGCAAUUCUAUCCCAUCUUUCCUCCAAGAAGCUCAAGAUGGUGUACAUGGUUUUCUCUCCUCCCUACAACCGUGCAAGGUAGGCUAGGCUGAGAGGCAUUGAUUGACCCAAGGUCACCCAAAUGGCUGCAGGGAGACUAGAACCCCAAUCUCCCAGGUCUACAACACCAUACUGUCUCUUGCUAUUCCGGUUGUGAUUUUUAAGGGAGGUACCAGCCACUGAAUUAUCAGGAGAUGGGAAUCAGGUGUGAUAACACCAGGGUAUUUUUUAAAAAAAAAAAAUUAAAAAGGUAUGCAGCCAUUUCUCAUUACAGUGGCCCAACCGGAACUCCGGGUACCAGCUAGUAAUAUGGUCUCCACUUCCUUGCAUCUGUGCAAGGGUUAAACCUCAGCCGUCCUCCCCCAACCUUGCCCUCUUUGUCGGGUCCCAGAGGGAUGGGGUGGCUGCCAGCAGAUCAGAAAGAUGUGAGAUGCAAGGGCUUGGACCUUCCAACUCUGCAGUUCUGUGAUGGUAUGAUCUCCUCCUCGCUAAAUCCAUCCUUUCUCUUCUCUUUCAGUGUGUGGGAAACCCCGGUUCUCCAGGAGUCUGCUUGCUCGAAUUUCCAAUGGACGCUACGCCCAGAGAGGGAUCUCGCCAUGGGUCGCCAUGCUGCAGAGGAACGGGCGCCCCUUCUGUGGGGGGUCCCUCCUAGGUAAGGACCUCUGGAGGGGCAUCCACUCUUGCAUGUUGAAAUAUACUCGGAAUCGAGAGUGGAUUUCAUGCUCUUUAUUCAGCUCAUAGUGGUGAGGAGAAAUGGAAGUUCCCCCAGAAUGUCUGCCUUAUAUACAUUAUUUACAAAAUGGGCCCCACGUGAUUGGCUAAUUCCGGGAUUCUCCUGUAGACCAAUCAGGUUGCGGAUUCCCUUCCACCUGGAGCUGGAUUGGGUGGCUCCUGUGGACCAAUCAGACUGCUGCAUUCUGAACCCUAUUGUUCUAGGACCAAUCAGACUGCUGCCUUUUGAAUCCUAUUCAACUCAGUACAUAGCACACGUCUAGACCCUCCAACCACCCCCUUGUUGAAGAAUAAAACAAACCAGGACACAUAUAUUGGGUUAAUGUUAUUGGGCAAAUUUUGGUCACAACUUUAUUGAUUACAGAAUGUGAGCAGUAAUUGGCUUAGGCAUUGAAUGGACCAGACAGUGUGGUGUAGUGUUUAAGAGCGGUAGUCUCGUAAUCUGGGGAACUGGGUUCGCAUCUCCGCUCCUCCACAUGCAGCUGCUGGGUGACCUUAGGCUAGUCACACUUCUCUGAAGUCUCUCAGCCCCACUCACCUCACAGAGUGUUUGUUGUGGGGGAGGAAGGGAAAGGAGAAUGUUAGCCGCUUUGAGACUCCUUAAAGGGAGUGAAAGGCGGGAUAGCAAAUCCAAACUCUUCUUCUUCUUCUUCUGACUCCUGCCCAUUGCGCAGGGAGUCCAGUAAGGGUAAACCACCAGAAGGGUGCAAACCAACUCGAGCUUCCCCAGGUGUUCCCAUUGGGGUUGUGUCAUGGCCCUAGCCCCACCCCGGGCUUCGGACAAGAUCCACGCCCCCGGAUUCCUGUAACGGAAUACCCUUAAGCUUGGAGGGGCAGGUGAUGGCCACACCUCCCCUCCCCCAUCACAAGGUCAAACAAUGCCUAACCGCAGAACCUUACAAAGUUGUGACAAUUGCUGCGAGGUAGGUGAAAACCAAAUGGCCCGUGCCAGUUUUGCCAAGUGGAAAAAUUCCUACCAGGCCCCUCAACGGCGACCAACCGAGGUCCAUAGCAAGGCCAAUGAAAACCUGCAAAAAGGGAGGGUGGGUGGGAGAUUGAGGAAGCGAGCCAAGAGGAAGCCCUCCGGCUCGCGCCCUCACUUAAAUGGUCCCGGCCACUCUCCCACCAGCCAGCGGAUUGGCUGGCUGAGUGUUGACGUGGCUGGGAUCCCCAGGGCAAUGCGGGACUUUGUCUCCCGUCCCUGGGGGGAGUGGGUGGCCACGCGGUCCACCGCAACUCCUCCCCACCAUGAAGUGGAGCGGAUAUCCACUUCACCAGAGCACUUGAGAAACCGGCUUCCAGGUCUGAGACUUCCUACCUCUUCAUUGGGAGGAGGCAGGCUAGGAAUUGAGGGCAUUGUUAAGUUGUGGGUGAACAUAUCAGACGACACAGCGAUUCUUCAAACAGCUCUUGUUUAUUCACAGGCCAGAACUGAACUGAAGGGUUCAGCCAGCCUGCUUAUAUAGAGCUCCAGUACAACGUAACUGUAACAACUUUCUGUAACUAUCCAAUCACUGAACGUCACUUUCAGUCCCUUAUUUGCAUAUGUGGACCUGAACUAUCUACAGUAUCCCCCUGCUGGCCCAGGGUGAGAACUUCAGUACAUAACAGGCAUAAUAUCAUAGAAUGACACAACAAUGAUCCAUCCAUUUUAUGAUGUAAAUGCUAUACUGGCAUUCAUAAAACCAGAGAAACUGUACGGGUAAAAGCGACCCCAGGUAUCAUCCAGACCAGCCUUGUGCAAUGCAGGAAUCACAGCUAAAUAAUCCCGAGAGCAAAACGUUGGACCUCCAGCCUAGAACUCCAAGAAGAAGUCAAAUGAGGUUUCUCCUGCCAGAUCGGGACAAAGAUAUCACUGCUUUAGUAGCUUCGUGUUUAGCCACAUUUUUACCCGAAAGGGUUCCCAACGAACCAUCCUUUCGGGGAACAGACAAGGUGAAGCAGAAUAUCUAAGUGCACACAAUCACUGUGUGACCAAAUAAAUAAAUAAAUUUUUAUUUAUAUCCCGCCCUUCCCAGUUCAGAAAACCGGGCUCAGGGCGGCUAACAACAAAUUUAAAACACUUAAUUGAUGCAACAAAAAACAGCAUAAUAUACAGUAUAAAACGUGAAUACCAAUAAAUUCAGAAUUCAAAAAUCAAUUUAGGGGGGAAAUCCAUCCAGUAAACAUUAGAUGAUCACCAGGGCUAGCUGGCUAAAUUAGUCCUAUUUGGGCCAGCGAGGAGACCAGGGGAGAAUUAGCUGCGGGAUCCCAGAGCGGGGAAUCUUCAUAAAAAGGGGAGAGGGAAGGAAGGGGAAUAAAAGAUCAGGCUGAGUUCAAAUUAAAGGCCAGGCAGAAUAGCUCUGUCUUACAGGCCCUGCAGAAGGAGGUUAAAUCCUGCAGGGCCCUGGUCUCCUGGGACAGAGCAUUCCACCAGGUCGGAGCCAUCACUGAGAAGGCCCUGGCCCUGGUGGAGGAUAAUCUGACUUCCUUAGGACCCGGAACCUCUAAACUAUGAUUAUUCAUGGACCUUAAGGUCCUCUACAGGACCCUUGACAGAUUCACCCUUGUUCCUUUCAUUAUCCCAGUGACCUGAAAUGUUUUAUACUGUGAUGCCAAGAAAGGGAUUUGAUUUGAUUUGAAAUUUAAUCCCACCCAACCUCUGCUUAAAAACCUCCAAGGAAGGAGAGUCUACCACUUCACAAGGGAGUCAAACUGCUCUUUGAAGACAACCAUCAUGUCACCAUCUUAGCCCUUUCUUGUUCCCCAGGGAACAGGUGGAUUGUGACGGCCGCUCACUGUCUCCACCAUGAACUCGACCUGGAGAAUCCUGUCCUCCGAAGCUCCGACGUGAUCAGCCCUUCGUCGUUCAAGGUGAUCCUAGGUAAGCAAGAGGUGGUUGCCCAGGAGAGCAGCCUGUGUCUUAGAAAUUCUAUAUUAUAAGAACAUGAAAUGAGUCUGCUGGAUCAGGCCAAUGGUCCAUGUAGUUCGGUAUUUUCUCCUCACAGUGGACAAUUAGAUGCCUGUGGGAAAUCUGCAACCGGGACCCGAGCAUAAGAGCUGUUCUCUGGGCUUAGGGCCCUCAUACUUACAGGACCGCCUCUCCUGGUCUGCCCCACAGAGGACCUUAAGGUCCAUGAAUAACCAUAGUUUAGAGGUCCUGGGCCCUAAGGAAGUCAGACUAUCCUCCACCAGGACCAGGGCCUUUUCAGUGAUGGCUCCGACCUAGUGGAAUGCUCUGUCCCAUGAGACUAGGGCCUCCUUUCGUUGGGCCUGUAAGACAGAGCUAUUCCGCCUGGCCUUUAAUUUGAAUUCAGCCUGAUCUUUUAUUUCCCUUCCCUCACCCACCCUGAGACCCCACAGCUAAUUCUCCCCUGGUCUCCACGCUGGCCCAAGUAGGACCAAUUCAGCCAGCUAGCCCUGGGGACUAUCUAAUGCUUAUUUCCCCUAAACUGAUUUUUGAUUUUUGAAUUUUAUUGUUAUUCAUGCUUUUAUACUGUAUUUUAUGCUGCUUUUAUAAUUAAGUGUUUUAAAUUUGUUGUUAGCCGCCCUGAGCCCGGUUUUUGAAUCGGGAAGGGCGGGAUAUAAAUAAGAAAUUAUUAUUAUUAUUAUUAUUAUUAUUAUUCCUGCAGUUUCAGGAAGUAUUCAAGAGCAAUAGCUCAGCAGCAGAGCUUCUGCUUUCCACACAGAAGAUGCCUGGUUCAAUUCACAGCAUCUCCAGGUGGAACUGAGCACCUGCCCCGUCUGAAACCCUGGAGACCCACUGCCAGCCUGUGUUGGCAAAACUGAACUCAAUAGUAAUAAUUUAUUACUUAUACCCUGCCCAUCUGGCCAGGCCUCCCCAGCCACUCUGGGCAGCUUCCAACAGGAUAUUGAAAACACAAUAAAACAUCAAACAUUAAAAACUUCCCUAAACAGGGCUGCCUUCAGAUGUCUUCUAAAAGUCAGAAAGUUGUUUAUUUCCUUGACAUCUGGUGGGAGGGCGUUCCACAUGGCGGGCGCCACUACCGAGAAGGCCCUCUGCCUGAUUCCCUGUAACCUCACUUCUCACAGGGAGGGAAUCGCCAGAAGGCCCUCAGAGCUGGACCUCAGUGUCAGGGAUGGAUGAUGGGGGUGGAGACGCUCCUUCAGGUCUACUGGGCCAGGCCAUUUUGGGCUUUAAAGGUCAGCACCAAUACUUUGAAUUGUGCUCGGAAACAUACUAAGAGCCAAUGUAGGUCUUUCAGGACCGGUGUUAUGUGGUCUCGGCGGACUUAGGGUCAUGAUUCUGUAGAAGACAGCUUCCUGUUCCGGAUACACUCUCUCACACUUCCAGCCUCUCUUUCUGACUUUCUGCAGGGAAACACAGAACCCAAAGGAAAGAUGACACAGAGCAGGAGGUGCAACCCCAAACAAUCUCCAUCCACCCAUCCUACAAGGCGGCCACCUUUGAGUAUGACAUCGCCCUGGUGGAACUGUCUGAAGAGGCUAGGCUGAAUGAUUACGUGAUGCCCGUUUGCUUUCCAGAUAGAGCCUUCCCAAAAGGUAAGGAGGUGGCGCCAUCCUUCCACCAGACAAUGUCAAUUGGAGAAGCAGCAGCCAACCCUUUAAGCUGGCUCAGAAGCAUUGAUUAAGGCAGAACUUUAACCAAUGCAGAAUUAGAUUCCCAUGGAUUCUGAAAGAAUCGCAUCGGCUUGGCUGCCUGUUUGCUCCUGAGCCCAGUUCAAGGAUGAAAAGAAGAUGGAAAAGAGGGAGAGUGGCAGCAUGGCUUGUCCUUUUACCAGGUCUGGAAAGGUCUAGUCACAUGCAAGAGGAAGGAUGCUCCAGGCCAGGAGAACAGGAAGUUUCAACUGGCUGGACCAAACAUUCCCUUGCAUGUCCACUCUAGCAAAACAAGGAAUGUUGUACUUGACUGCUCUCAGUGGAUUGCAUCCCACAGUCUCCUGGAGGUGCACAAUCAGCUCGAAAGGUUAGCCCCUGUAUGCUCCAAAACUUAGGAACCCUGAAAACACCAGAUAUUUCAGUUCCAAGGGAAUGGCAUGCAAGUUCUGUUUUGAACGAUCAAACUUCAUGGAAAUCGCAACUUAAGCCCUUCCAAAAGGAGGUAUCAGAGGUGCACAGUAAAUGCUAGAUCUAACUGAAAGGCGACAUAUAGAGAUCUUCAUUGGUAAUUUUAAUGCAUCCAGGGGCACCAACUAUGGGUAGCCCAGGGGGGUGAGGGCCCCCCAAAACUUUCAAGGAGGGUGCCGGGCCUCCUCCAAAUUCCACAGCAACCAUGGAUGCACAGUGUGAUGUGCUCACCUCGCUUGCGCACACCAUGGGCUGUGCUCGUGUCACACACGCAAGCCGCACAGCAUGCACAUGGGACAUUGGCGCACCUUGCAGCAUGUGUGCACAUGGAGGGCCAAAGGUGCUUCACACCUGCAACAGGUGUUUUUGAGCAGUGGAAAGGAAAGAUGACCCUAGGAGGGUCUGGUUCGCUUCAUCAGACUGCAAGGAAUGACACAUCCUACUUCCUCUCCAGGUCACCUCCCGAAAGGUAAUACAAUGUCUGUCUUCUUCUUUUCCCCUCCCACUAGACACCAUGGUCAUCGUCAGCGGAUGGGGGAAGCAGUUCCUGCAACGUCUCCCAGAUGCCCUGAUGGAGGUGAUGCUCCUUGCCGUUCAUUUCUGUGUACAUCUGAGAAUGGAAUGGAAUUGCAGUAUAGUUAGGGAGCAGGCGUAGACGUCUCAGUCUGAAAUAUCCUCGGAGUCGAGUGUGGAUUUCAUGCUCUUUAUUCAGCUCAUAGUAGUGAGGAAUGGAAUGUUUCCCAGAACUGUCUGCUUUAUAUACAUUAUUUCCACAAUGGGCCCCACAUGAUUGGCUAAUUCCGGGAUUCUCCUGUAGGCCAAUCAGGUUGCGGAUUCCCUUCCACCUGGAGCUGGAUUGGGUGGCUCCUGCAGACCAAUCAGACUGCUGCAUUCUGGAUCCUAUUGUUCUAGGACCAAUCAGACUGCUGCAUUCUGAAUGCUAUUGUUCUAGGACCAAUCAUACUGCUGUAUUCUGAAUCCUAUUGUUCUAGGACCAAUCAGACUGCUGCAUUCUGGAGCCUAUUGUUCUAGGACCAAUCAGGCUGCUGCAUUCUGAAUCCUAUUGUUCUAGGACCAAUCAGGCUGCUGUAUUCUGAAUCCUAUUGUUCUAGGACCAAUCAGACUGCUGCAUUCUGAAUCCUAUUGCUCUAGGACCAAUCAGACUGCUGCAUUCUGAAUCCUAUUCUUCUAGGACCAAUCAGACUGCUGUAUUCUGAAUCCUAUUCUUCUAGGACCAAUCAGACUGCUGCAUUCUGAAUCCUAUUGUUCUAGGACCAAUCAGACAGCUGCAUUCUGAAUCCUAUUCAACUCAGUACAUAACACAGUCGUUGCCCCCUCUUUCCAUUUCUUCGUAUGAUGAGGGGAGCACAAGCUUGACACUCAAGGAUUGUUGAGUUGCAAGGGGCCCCAAUGGUCAACAAGUCCAUUGCCUGCAAUGCAGGAAUCACAGCUGAAAAUUCCCUAGCAGAUGGCCACACAACACAACCCCUCUGGAAAACUAUCCAAGGUAGUCCGUUUCACUGUUGAACAGCUCUUACUAUCAGAAAGUUUUAACAUUAAGUCAGAAUCUCCUUUCUAGCAAUUUGAAUCCGCUGGUUUGGGCCCUACCCUCUUGGAGCGGCAAAAAAAACCCCCACAAGUUUCCUCCAUCUUCCCUGUGGCAGCCCUUCAGAUAUUUGAAGCUGGCUAUCAUGUCUUCUCUUCUCCAGGCUAAAUAUACACAACUCCCUCAACUAUUCCUAAUAUGGCUCAGUUUCCAGACCCCUGGUCAUCUUGGUCACCCUCCUCUGCACCCAUUGCAGGUUGCCAAUAUCCUUCUAAAACUGUGAUGCCCAGAACUGGACACAGGGUUCCAGUUGUGGCUUGGCCAAGGCGGAAUAGAGUGGCACUUGUUCCUUAGUCAUCCUAUGGACCAGAAUCCUAUGAAUUAUGGGAUUAGUGAAUCUAUGGAGUCUUUGGAGAAGGUCCAUAGCUCAGGGGAAGAAUAUCUGCUUUGCAGACAGAAGGUCUCAGGUUCAGGUGGGGCAGGAAGCGAUUCCUGCGUGAAACCUUGCCGAGCCACUGCCAGUCUGUGCAGACAAUACUGAACUAAAUGGACCAACAGUCUGACCUGGUAGAAGGCAGUUUUGUGUGUUUCACAAAGGAGGACCAUUCAGGCACAUUAUCCCAGGAGUCAUUUUUUUGUUCUGUGUUGCAGAUUGAGAUCCCACUGACGGAUCACUCAGUGUGCAAAGAAGCCUAUCGCAAGCUGCAGAAAGUUGUGACGGGAGACAUGAUCUGCGCUGGAGAAAGACAAGGUGAUUCUGAAUAAAUGUGCAAUUAAUUGCUGCCGUUUUGAAUUUUAUUGUGUUAUUACAUUCCUUGGGUCUUUCUACUCUUUUAAAAUAUAUUUUUAAUUAAAUCUUCAGUUUUACAUUUUAGAAUAUUCAUUUAAACAACCUUAAAAUACUAAUGACUUCCCUUCUUCAAUGUUCCAUGGUUCAUUUUGCAAACUGUAAAUCCCUGCAUAUUUUACAUAAACUAAACCAUUCAGUAUUCCAUUCUUACAUCCGUCAAAACUUAUUUACACUGUUGAAUUUAUCUUAAUGCUGCUGACAUUUUCAAAUGUACACGAUUUCCACCCCCACCCCAUAUAUUCAAUAAGUAUAAGACGCACCAGACCACAAGACGCACCUAGUUUUUGGAGGAGGAAAACAAGAAAAAAAAAUAUUCUGAAUCUCAGAAGCCAGAACAGCAAGAGGGAUCUCUGUGCAGUGAAAGCAGCAAUCCCUCUUGCUGUUCUGGCUUCUGGGAUAGUUGCGCAGCCUGCAUUCGCUCCAUAAGACGCACACAAAUUUCCCCUUACUUUUUAGGAGGGAAAAAGUGAGUCUUAUAGAGCAAAAAAUACGGUAUUUUCCAGUCGUCUCUAAACGUGUUCUUCUUGUUGUCUUAUUCUAUAUGUUGGGUCCGCAAGCUGCGCAUAUUCCAUCAGUUUGAGCUGCCAUUCUUCUUUGGUUGGGACCUCGCUCGUUUUCCAUUUGGGGGCUUGCAAAACACUGUUUUCCCCCAAAAAGUACUUUUAAACAUUUUUUUUCAAUUCAUUGUAGAUCAUUUCCCAAUACUCUUUUACCCUUUUACAAGUCCACCAGGGGACUUUAUACCCUAGGCUCUAUAUAGGGUUUGGUGCGUUGCACCUGGAGGGAUGAAGGAUUCAAUGGACACCAAGGAUGAGUUCUAGAGAUCACUGAGCUUAUUUCUGCUUUCCAGAUAGCAGAAAGGCACUGCGUGAUCAGUCACAGCAAGCACACUUAAAGAGCAGUUACAUACAGCUUAUAUCCCCUUCAGGUCCCCUUUCCCCCUCCCCAGGAAUCCAGCCUCAUGAGUUUGUACACGUAAGUUACAUCCUUGAGCAUGAACAGAAAUUCCUGUUUCUGUACUCUUAUCUUGGGGUAAAAAGGUCACCCAACUAUAGGAGUACUCCUGGCGCCAUCCCCAGGCGCAGGGGCUAACAGGCCUGUCUUGCAAGGUCUGUGCGUCAGUGUGGUCAGGAUAGUUACAACCUAUAAGACAAGACCCAGAUCUGUCAUCCCGUCUCCCUGGCAACUGACAAGUCCAUCUGUCAAACACUUCUUGACUGAUCAAGGAGAAGGUUCUUGCUUAUAUGGCUAGGUUUGUGUUAUACAGCUCUAGCUAAUGGAUUUUAGCUAAUGGAUCCUUGAACAAAGAAAAUCGGGAAUUUUGGGGCCCGGUUCGGGUGACUGCACAGUCAGGUUUGGGUAACUUGUUCCUUCACACCAGAGGUCUUUAUGCCCUAGUUUCUAUAUAGGGUUGGGGGUCACUGGGGAUGAGUUCAUGGAACCAAGGAGAGUCAAUGAUCACUGUGCCAGUCGUCCCCUUUGGGGCAGGGAGAUAAGUGUCGAGAUGCAGGUUGGAUGCUAGUCUGUCGUGCAUGAUUUAGUUGAGAUUCCUGCGGUGCAGGGGGCUGGACUAGAUGACCCUCAGGGUCCCUUCCAACUCUACAAUUCUAUUAUUCUGAUUCUAGCUCCUGUUCUGCACCUUUGCAAACUCCACGUAGAACAAGUGGCUUUUCUGGUCUGAAAGAUGCCCCAGCCAUUAUCGUUUCUCUCUUUCUCACGCAGGAGGAAAAGACGCUUGCCAAGGGGACUCCGGCGGCCCCAUGGUCACUCUGAACAACCAGACUGGCCAGUGGCAGCUCAUAGGGACAGUGUCUUGGGGCGAUGGAUGCGGCUUGAAUGACCGCUAUGGAGUGUAUUCCAACGUCCUGCUGACUCUGCCUUGGAUUAAGCAGGUCACGGGAGAGCAAUACUGA